UCUCCCCCUGUUGUCCAUCGACAUAAAAUGCAGUGUUCUGGAACAUGAGAAAGGCAAAACAUUUCCUCCAGUUCUUUGUAAGCUGAUAUGAAGUACACAGACACCUUCUGAAGUUUUGUGCAUGCUGUGCUCUUUUUUUUUCUUUGCUGCAACAAGAAAAGCCUUUUCUUUUAACCUGGCUUCCUUUGAAGAAUUAACUCAGGAAGCUUCAUGGCCUCUCAAGAGUCUCAGGGAAAACCAAAGCCAAUCUUUAAGGAUUACCUCCCUGGUUCUUCUGACCUUCCUGAACAGGAUAAGCCUGUUGAACCAAAGAGUCUCUGGAAGCAAACAUCCCACACUCAUAACUUGCCACCUGGACUGGAGUACCUGAACCAGCUGGACCAGAUAAUUAUUCAUCAGCAAGUGGAGCUUCUUGAAGCCAUACUUGGCACAAAGACAUCCAGCAAAUAUGAGAUAAAAAACCAUUUGGGGCAACGAGUUUACUUUGCAGUAGAAGAAAACGAUUGCUUUGAUCGGAACUUGUGUUCACCUAUAAGGUCUUUCACCAUAAGGAUUGCUGAUAACACAGGCCGGGAAGUGAUAACAGUGAACAGACCCCUGAGAUGCAACAGCUGCUGCUUCCCCUGCUUCCUGCAAGAGUUAGAAGUUCAGUCCCCCCCAGGUACAAUAGCUGGGUAUGUUGUGCAGAACUGGGACCCUUUUCGGCCAAAGUUUACAAUACAGAAUGAAAGUAAAGAAGAUGUACUAAAAAUAAUUGGCCCUUACACAACUUGUGGCUGUUUUGAAGACGUUGACUUUGAGGUAAAAACUCUCAAUGAGAUGUCAACGAUUGGCAAAAUUUCCAAGUAUUGGUCUGGAUUUGUAAACAAUGUCUUUACCAACACUGCCAACUUUGGGAUCGAGGUCCCUGUAGAUCUUGAUGUGAGGAUCAAGGCAGUGAUGAUUGGUGCUUGUUUCCUCAUUGACUUAAUGUUCUUUGAAAACUCUUUGGAUGGAUUAUAACAAGAUGACAGAAGCAAUAAAAUAUGCACUGUAUUUCAAAAUCCCUUGAGCUUUCGACAUGAUUUUGAGCUGCACAAAUCCCUGUUCCUUACAGGAAAAGAAAGGGAGCUAAUGAUGAUGUUUAUUAAAAUAUG